AUGUCCUCACAGCCCAGUGCUCCUGUAGGCGUGGCUCCGGCCGCCACUGCCUUCGUCGCGCCGCACGUCGCGGCUGCGCGCCUUCCGCACAGCCACCGGCCCUCACGGGGUGCUGAAGCGCCCAGCUCCUCCGCGGCAGCGGGUGCUCUACCCAUGUUCCUCCUUGGCACGGCGGGUGUGGCUGCCUGCCGUCGUGCAGCCCGUGGCAGUGCCGUGGCCUCCCGUGCCAUGCCACGGAAGCCGGGCAACACGCGGGCACUGCGCGCUGUGACCACGCUGCAGGCCGAGGCCCAACCACAACGGGUGGCAAUGCAGGCAACAGCUGUGGCUGAGGCGCCCACCGAGACUUAUGAGAUUGGACAGAAGCUUCAUGGCUGGACGUGUGUCCGUGCUGAGCACAUCAAGGAGUACAGCUGCACUGGCUACGUCUUCCAGCAUGACCAGACGGGUGCCGAGCUUUUGUCCAUGGUGCAGCCGGCAGAUGAGAACAAGACGUUCAGUGUGGUCUUCCGGACCCCUCCGGAGAAUUCCAACGGCAUUGCUCACGUGUUGGAGCACUCCGUGUUGUGCGGCAGCCGGAAGUAUCCGCUCAAGGAGCCUUUUGUGGAACUUAUGAAAUCCAGCCUGCAGACCUUCCUCAAUGCCAUGACCUUUCCAGAUCGGACGUGCUACCCUGUGGCCAGCUGCAACUUGAAGGACUUCUACAAUCUGAUUGAUGUCUACAUGGAUGCAGAUGAGCCCCUCAAGUACAAGGGUGUGGUUUUCAACGAGAUGAAGGGUGUCUACUCCAACCCGGACGCCGCGCAUGGCCGCACAGCCAACCAAUCGAUGUUCCCAGACAACCAGUACGGUGUCGACUCCGGGGGCGACCCGACAGAGAUCCCCAAUCUGACCUUUGAGUACUUCAAGGACUUUCACAGUAAGUACUACCACCCAAGCAAUGCCAAAUUUUGGUUCUAUGGCGAUGAUCCUCCAGAUGCCCGCCUCGAGCUUGUGGACAAGUACUUGUCUGAGUUCUCCAAGAUCGAGGUGGACUCCAAGAUCGAUGUGCAACCCUUGUGGAAGGAGCCUCGCAGGGUCGUUGAAGAGUUUGCGGUGGGUGAAGAUGAGGACACCUCCAAGAAGACCAUGGUCAGUGUGAACUGGGUGAUUUCAGAGGGCAAGGAUGAUCUUGAGACUAGCCUUGCCCUUCAGUUCUUGAACUACCUGAUGAUGGGAACGCCUGCGAGCCCACUGUACAAAGCAUUGAUUGACAGUGGCAUGGGCUCCAGUGUCAUUGGUGGUGGCAUGGAUGACGGUAUGUUGCAAACGACCUUCAGCGUCGGCUUAAAAGACUUGAAGGAAGAAGAUGUGCCCAAAGUGGAGGAGCUUGUGAUGAAGACCCUGGAGGAGUUGGCCGAGAAGGGCUUCGAGAGCGACGAUAUCAAGUCAGCUGUGAACACCAUCGAGUUCCGCAGCCGCGAGCUGAACACAGGCAGCUUCCCCAAAGGCUUGGCACUCCUCUUUGCGGCCAACAACAAUUGGAACUACGACAAGGACCCCUUUGAGGCGUUGCGGUUCGAGGAGCCGUUGGCGGAUUUGAAGGCGCGCCUGGAGAAGGGAGAGCCCGUCUUCCAGGACCUGAUCCGCACCAAGAUCUUAGAGAAUUCCCACAAGGUGAUUGUCGAGAGCAAACCCAGCAAGGAAGUGGGAAAGAAGAUGGAAGAGGAUGAGAAAGCUGCAUUGGAGAAACAUCGAAAGACCCUGAGCGAGGAGGACAUCGAAGCCCUGAUCAUCGAAACAGUGAAGCUGAAAGAGAUCCAGGAGCAGACUGCUUGCUUCUGUCGCUGGCCUCCUUGCUGCUUCCGCGAAAGCUCCGAUCAGGAGACGCCUGACUCGCCCGAGGCCAUGAAGACAGAGACGCCCAAGAUCCCCACAGAGAUGAAGGGCUCCGAGCCUGUGGUCUUGCGCCAUGCACUGCCCACGAGUGGGGUGAUCUACAUGGACGUUGCCUUUGACCUCUCCAGGGUGCCACAGGAGCUUCUGCCAUUGGUGCCACUCUUCACCAGAGCUUUGACACAGCUGGGCACUGCCAAGGGGGACUUUGUGGACCUUACCCGGCGUGUGGGCAUGGGCACUGGAGGCAUUGCAGCCUCGACGAUCUGCAUGAACAAGAAGGGCGAUCCAGAGCCUGUCGCGUAUCUCUUCAUGCGAGGCAAGUCGAUGGCUGACCAGCUGUCUGGGCUUUCAGACUUGAUGGAGGAGAUUGCUUUGACAACAGAUUUUGAUAACAAGGACCGCAUUGUACAGCUGGCUACCCAGGCACGCUCCCGUGCCCAGUCAGCCAUUAUCUCCUCUGGCCACAUGAUCGCAAACGCCGGCCUGGCAGCACAGACCACCAAGGCUGGAUGGUUGUCUGGACAAUGGACCGGCGUUGAGCAGUACAAGUCUUUGUCCGACAUUGUGGAGCGAAUCGAGAAGGGUGGCUGGGAUGGUGUGUUGCAGCAGCUGAAGGCCCUGCAAGCAUGCAUCUUCAACCAGGCAUCCUGCAAAAUCUUGAACAUCACCUCCGACUCUGAGCAUUUGGAUGCUGCUCAGGGUUCCUUGGAGCGUUUGGCUGAGCAUUUGCCAAAAGACGAGGCCAGCCCAGCGGUGCUCUUGGACCCCAGCUUGGGACGCCGUGCUGAUGGCAUCGUGGUGCCGACACAGGUGAACUAUGUGGGGAAAGGUGGGAAUUUGUAUGAGAACGGCUAUGAUUAUCACGGCUCCUCACUGGUGGUCUCCAAGUUGCUGGGUGCCACCUAUCUGUGGGACAAGGUGCGGGUCAGCGGAGGUGCUUAUGGUGGCUUUUGCCGCUUUGACCCUCGGAGCGGAGAUUUCAAGUACCUCUCCUAUCGUGACCCCAACCUGGGCCAAACUCUGGACACCUACGAUGGUGCCCCUGCCUUCCUGAAGGACUUGCAAAUUGGAGAGGAUGAACUGGUGAAGGCCGUGAUUGGCUGCAUGGGAGACGUCGAUGCCUAUCAGCUGCCAGAUGCCAAGGGAUAUUCCGCAAUGUUGCGGUACCUCUUGGAAGAGGAUGAUGAGUACAGGCAAAAGGACUUCCACAAGUUCGGCGAAGCCCUGGAGCCGGUCGUCGAGAAGGGCGGCAUUUGCGUGGUGGGCUCCGCCGAUGCCUGUGGUGAGGCGAAGGCCGUCGUUUCCACGCAAAGGCUCUACUAUGCCCGGAACCCCCGGAAGGCCUUGGAGUUGGCCUCGGAGGCCACGCAGGCAGUAGACUUUAAGGAGAGAAAGGGCGCUGAAAGGGCUGAAGAUUUCGCCAGUUCGGAGGUGGGCCUGCUCAGAGACGCCGAGAAGCAGUUCAAGAGUGCACUGAAGGAUGAGGAGAUGAUCUCCACGCACCUGGAGCUUUGCAAGGUCUACUUGCGAGACUUGGCCGCGCUCGAGCGGCGAGAGUGCUCUCGGCAGAGAGAGCACGUCGGAGUGCUCUCUAAAGGCUUAGAUCAGCCGAACUCCGCCCUGGACCAAUACGGCCGGGCAGCUGAGAAGUUCACGGGCGAGACGCACAUCUUGAUCGGCCUGGCGAGGACCUAUGACAUGCUGAAUGCACUGCUGCGGGGCGUCAGCUUUUACAAGACGCUGCGCUGCAGGAAGGUGCUCCAGUUUGAUGCCGUAAAUUCAGAGGCCAUUGCCUGCUUGGCAUCCCACCAUUUCUACACUGAUCAGCCGGAGCUUGCGCUGCGCUUCUACCGGCGCAUGCUGCAGAAUGGUGUGACGAGUGCGGAGUUGUGGAACAAUAUGGGCCUUUGCUGCUUCUACGCUGGGCAGUAUGACCUCACUCUUAGCUGCUUUGAACGUGCUCUUAUGCUGGCAGAUGAUGACAAUAUGGCUGACGUGUGGUACAACAUAGGGCAGGUGGCGAUCGGCGUGGGAGAUCUGGGCCUGGCCUACCAGGCCUUUAAGAUCGCCAUCUCGGUGGAUCCCAACCACGCGGAGAGCUACAACAACAUCGGCGUCCUCGAACUGCGAAAGGCUCUUUUUGAUGCGUGCUUUCAUAAAAAAGCGGGGAUGAGACGGAAGGAAUCUGCAGGGUUAUUAAGAGCUAAAGUUAAGUCUAAGAGUAUGUUAAGUUGUUCUGUGGGCGUAUGUAUGUUGGAUCGGAAGCGAGUGGUUGGGAGACUCCCUAGUUUCGUACAGGCAAAUGUAUACUGUAAUUACAUAUAUAUAUAUAUACACAAAUAUAUAAUUGCAUAG